GUAGGAGACCGGAGACUUCGCAAUCGUAUUCGCCGGAUGUACUGCAAUGCCCACCUCACAGCGGUUCAUGCACCGUGGCGAUCCCAUUUCUCGGAAGGCUGAGGCGAAAGGACAAGGAUGAUUGACUCGCGCGAGCGUCUGGCAACGAACAAGCCUCUCACACCUCACCGACGAAUUAUCGGAAUUUGACUCCCUUUUGUCCAAUCCGUGGCAUGAUACGAGGCCGGUCUGCGAACUUAAGUCAAAUGCGCCACCUCAAGGCGUCAUGCAAGGUACACCAGUCGCUCCAGUGAUUGUAGGAGGGCCGAUCAUAACCUGUUCCUCACCCAGUCUAGUGAAAGACUGUCUUGCACAUUCCUUACUCGCUCAAGUUCAUGGCCUCAAAGAUGCCCACCAGUCAAGCAACGGUAGUCUUUUGCCCUUGGGACUCGGCACGUUCGGUUGGCGCCAUGGCGGGCGAGGCAGUCAUCUGCCUGACUCGACCACCCACCGAAAUCCGUGGUGGUUGCCACUCUGUGUCAGCUUAUUCAUAAAAGCCGCCGUAGUCGCGCAGCGGACAACACCCACCCGGAGGAACGCGACGCCCACAAUGCCGGGUUUUCUUACUGUUCGUGAGGAAUAGUGAUACAACCAAUACGAACUCCAGCCUAGGCCUCAGCUUACCACCACUUUUGGACACACACCUCUUCUUCUGGCAGCAUGCCGGUUACUUGGAGAUCUGCACAGCUUUUUCUGUCAGUCUUGACGGCUCAAAAGUCACGUUCUCAUACUACUUCCUCCACGUGGGGGGGAGGGGGCUGAGGGUGGCUGGCUGGCUGCCCCACGAUGUUGAGACCUCAGCACCGGGUCAUGGACGCUGGUGACCACCCUUUUCCAGCCAUACAAAGCAGCCCUGGGCUGGUCGACAUGACUGAGCCGAAUCACCAGCCGGCCUGGAUCUUACCGGUGUGUGUGGUGGAGGGCAGUGUCACAAAGCGUCCGGCUCAAAACCAUCUGCCUGCUGAAGCCCCGAUGCGACUAUAUAAGUAUGAGUAAACCGCCUCAUCUGUAAGUUUGCACAUAACCUGAACCGUCACGAUUCACCGCACCUUCCCAGUGUUAAAGGUCAGAAGCUCUCUACCUUUGUGCUUUCGUCUGGUACUACUCUUGAGCCGGCCAGGCCGGCGCGGACUUGAUACGUCUCUUCAGCUGUUGCUGUGCAGACGCCAUUCCAUCAAUAUACCAAGUCCAAAACGGCCACUAGCAACACUUUACACAACGGCAAGAUGCCUCAAACGACACCAAGGUCCCCUUCGAGGCGAGACUCGUGGCCACCUACUCUAGUGCGCCUCGCCCCAACGAUUCCAAAGGAGUAUCCUUCACUAGACGAUAUCGACGACGACCCACUCACUUAUUUCUUGACCCCCGCACCUGACCUGGAGGACGCUGACGAGGAUGUCGACAUGAUGAACUUUGACGCUGGGAUCGAGGACAACAGCCCGCGCGACAUUGUACGCAGCGUGAGCCCGUCGACCCUAGACAGCCUGAAUAAGGCCAAGGGCCGCAGGUCACCGCCGGUACCUGACCUCUCCGACAUUGCCACGCCUGAUACCGACGACGACGACGACGACAGUGAGGACUACGUUCGCUUUGCACCACAGGGGUUCAUGGUACCUUUCAGCCUGCGCGACUUCGCGGUAGACGGCGCCAAGUUCAAGUCACGGCCUAAGCCUUCAGAUGUGCUCCUUUCGCCCCCAUUUUUGCCGCCUAGUCGGGACCGGGCGCCUGUGCGACCAGGCGGGCGAGGCCGCCAGCGGAGCGUCUCUUUCCGCCACCAGCGCUCACAGCGUGUUUGGCGCGAGCCCAGCCCGGACGUCUGGUCCAUUGAAGAAGAGACAGAGCAGGAAAUGGUGAGCGAAAUAGGCAGCAGCAUCGGCGGCACGAGCGACGUCGGGAACGCGGAGGACGUGCCGGAGGCGGACAUGGACAAAGACAUAGAGGCUGCGAAGCCAAGAAAGAAGGUCCGGUUUCUGUUGCCCGCGAUGGAGUGAGCAACAACGAUACAUCAUGACAUUGCACGGCGUUUGGGGAGGGGUAUCAUUCUGUCUUCCAUGGGAGGCAAUACUGUCGAUUCUUUUUCCCUUCCUUUUUUUCCUUUCCCCCUCAUAUGAUGGGGCAUUUUGGCGAGGUAUUUGGUGAUGGCCGUACGGCAUGGGGUUUUGAGUUUGCACAACACCCAACGUUAAGGUUGGUACACUAGUUCGGGCGCUAUUGUUGUUUUUCGAGCGCAUACACACAGCG